GGAUGGAGUGCAGGCUGUGCAGUGUGCAUGGGGCGCUGAGUACUCCACAGCAAUGUACAAUGUAUUUUUCUUUUCUUCACAUUCCCUCCGAUCUUCAUUUUGCACGAACUGUUGAACAGACACCAGCUGAAUGUCCCCCAGCAUAGAAGGCAACCCAGAACACCUGGCUGAGCAGACAAGCAGACAAGGAUACCAGCCCAGCCUGCUGACAAAGCAAGAAUGAAUCCUGAAAGAGAGAGAGAUAAUUUCCAAAGCACACCUUUCUUUGGGACAGAAUGUGCUCUGAGGCCCUCUGUGCCUGUGCUGAGGAAUUCCACACCCACAACAGGAAGUGUGUGCAACUUCUCCAGGGUCUCCACCCCAGCUGUGAGUUCCGCAUGGCUCCUGCCAUCAGACACCAGCAAUUGCUGCCAGCAGCUCAUGGACAGUGACUCCCUUUACCAACGAGCUGGCACCACUAUGCUGACUACACUGAGUGACCAGAACCAGAUCUCUACCUCAGCACUCUCCUAUCCGGAUGCUCUCCCGUGGGAUCUCACCGGAAGCACUGACAGGAGGGAAGCUGAAUUCCGGGACUUCACUGUAACUAUCAUUGACCAGAAUACCACACUUUCUUCUCUAUCUAUGACAACCCAGUGUAAUAAUAUUUUAGAUCCCAAUGCCUUAGUCCCUUUCUACCCAACACUGUCUGCUAGCCUUAUCCAGGGUACACCACCACAGGUGUCAAAUCAAGGAGACAGUCUGGCACCUUCCUAUCAGGAGGGCAGUCAAGUCUAUUACUAUGACCACAACAGCUUGGGCCCUCUGAUGGCUGGAGAACUCCUGCAGUGUCUGCAGGCCUACGGCUCUGUGUCCUACCCUGGGAAUCAGGCCUCUGCCCUGCAACCAGAGAUGGUGAUGGUGCUAAAGGAGAUUCAGCCAACGAAUGUUCAAACACCUUUCUCCACCUCUGCCAUCUAUUAUCCCAGGUCUGCUGAAUCCAUGCCAGACACCAGUCUUCAAGUGGUGGACAUGGAGACGUCCCUGGGACUAAUACCUUCAGGCCAGACGAUCUGUCUGCUGCAGAGUUCAGACCUCUGUAAUGCCUGCACACAGGAUGCACAGAUAAAAACACCACUUGCGGAUGGGGACAGAUCAUUAACUGCCCCCAUCCACAGUCCUUCUGAGUUCCUGGCCUUGCCUCCAGCUCCAGGCCUGGAACAAACAGAGAAUAACAACUUGGAUGAGAUGACAGCCAAUCUAUCAACACCUCUGGAUGCCUAUGAGGGCACAACAGAAAACCAAGACUCAUCACUCUUCCCUUUAGCACACCCCGACAUGCAGCAGGCCCUGCAUUAUACUGAUGCUGGGAGAAUAUGGCAGAAACAAGCUUCUGACAAUGCCACCUUGGGAAGCAGCAGCCUGGAUCAGGAAGAGCUAGGGGGUCUGCAGAGUGCAAUGGGGUCUGGCAUUGACUUUGCAGACAUGGCUACAAUGGUGACAGAUAUUCACCUUCCCCAAGUUUUCAACUCCCUCUCUGAUGUAGACAGAUUCCAGGAUACCACAGCAACCCAAUCCAAAGAUGUCAGGAGUGAUCAGGCCCAGGAAAGCCCAAGUGUCAUCAGUGUACCCUCUGACCAAGUGAGGGGCACCCAGAAAGCCUCUGAGCUGCUUGAUGGAGCUCCUCAGGUGAAAAAUCAGUGCCAGGAUGUGGUGGAGGGAGAAGGAACUGAGGGUAGUGCUAGGGCCAGUGAAGGGGCUCUUGACAACACGGCCAGGCACUUGGAUGGCACAGCUCAGAAAUCCACACCCAGCAGGCCCAGGAUAGCUAGGGCACAGGGCCAAGACAAGACCAAGAAGACCAGAGAAAACAAAACCAAGAAAAAAGGGGAACUGAAGCCAUCUUGUCCCAGAGUCAAGGCAGAAGAGAAGCCCACCAUCUCCAAGACCAAGAGGACGAGGAAUCCACCUGAGCUUAGCCAGGACAACUUUAAAAAGCCUCGAACUCACCUCGGCAUGCACAUGCUGGAAUCUGUGCAGGUCUUUCACCCACUUGGAAAGAAGAGUGAUAAGAAAAUGGGCAUCUCUUCUUCCCGGGCUCUACUAAAUUUAAGCAGCAACAAAGAUACCAGGACAGGCCCAGUCACCACAUCACUGCUCGAUGUGCCUGCUAAUAAAACCCCAGACAACACUCAGAGACCAGAGAGUAGUGUUCACAAGGAGUGUCCAACUCUGUCCCAGUAUGAGCUGCCCCCACCUGGGAAGGUUAAGUUAGUACCUCUGCCUUUUCCAGCCCUGGACAAGCCUCAAGCAAGACCUCUUUCCAGAAAACUUCUCUCUAUGGCUUCUCGUCGGCCCACUGCAGCUUACGCUGUGAGGCCAUAUUCCCACUCAGCUCCAUCUACCACAGUCAAGACAUCCCAACCAGCUCCUGCCAGCGUAUUGUUGACAGCCUCUGACAAGACAUCUGUGCCGACUGCCACCAGUGCCACACGACCUAACAUAACCAACAGCUUCCAUCCUUGCAUGAGGCCUCGGCCAGCUGUCCCUGGGCCUGCCCCCUACAGAGCAUCAUCUCAUCCCUCACUCCAGAGGGAACUUGUCUCUGCUGCCAGGAACAAGGCCCCAUCACCUCCCAAACCUCAAACCCAAUAUCUGCUGCAAGACUUCAGCCGCCAACCAAUUCCAUGGAGGAAAGUCGACAUUCCAGGUCCAGGCAUCUCACAGCCCAUCACAGCAGAGCAGAGGCCAGAGAGGGAGGCCAUGAAGAAGAGGGCUCAGCAAGAUCGAGAGAAUGCUGCCAAGUACACCUCUAUGGGGAAACUUCAGCUUUUCCUUCAGAGGGAGAAGGAUAUGGAAUUUUCUCGAUAUUAUGGUUAUGCAAUAUAAAAGCUGGCCAGGUUUUUUGAACACAGUGCUUUUCAAUGUCAACAAGAAGAGAUAUAAACACUGAUACACAUCUUGACAUGGGGUUUAAAGUCUUAAAUGAAUGUAUCGAAUUAUUGGUACAAAUGAAGGAAUUAUAGAUGGUUAUGUAAAUAUAGAUGGAUAUACAAAAUAUUUAUAUUCACACAUAUUUGAGUACUUAGUAAAACUCCAGAAAAAGUCUCAAGUCUGUUAUUUCAUAUGUGAGUAGUAAGAGUCUUUGAAUAUUUCUCUUAUCUAGAUAAUUUAAUUUUUACAUUUUUAAGUGCAAUAUUAUAUCCUAUAUGAAAUAAAGCUCAUAAAAUACUUAUUUAAUAUCAAUUAAUAUAAUGCUAUAAUUGUAUCAAAAUUAUUCUCCUUGAGUUUUCCAGUUUUCUAUUCACUACAUUAUAUGUCUUGAAGCAGAUAUUGAGUUUUGAGCACACCUCCUCCAGUACCACAGUCUGCCCUUUUCUUACCUCUCCCCAGAGAACUAUGUCAUCAUUUUCUGCUGCAGAGCUUUGCCUCUAAUUUCAUGAAACAUAUAUAUAAAGUAUUUCAUUUGUGUAAAUAUAAUCUAGGAACCACAUAGGAAAGGAAACAUUUACUGAGCCUGGUUAAUUUAUAUGAUGAUCUCUGCUUAAUUUUUUUCCUGUAAUAAACAUAAUUUCAUUCAUUUUAUGAAUAAAUUAUUUUCUACUGUUAAUAUAUCACAUUUUCUUUACACAUUUCUCUGUUGAUGACACCCAUGCUAUUUCCCUAAUAUAGCUGCUGUGGACUAUUGCAAUAGCCAAUUUUUUGUCAACCUGACUAAUGUGGAAUUAACUAAAACCCAAUUGAUGGGGUACACUUGUGAGGGAUUUUUCUUAACUAAAAAAAUUAAAUAAUUUGAAGUAGAAAUGCCCAACUUUAAUCCAGAUCUUAAAUAGGAAGAUCUGCCUUUAAUUUGGGCUCCAACGUCUGGUGACAGCCUAUAUACAGGACACAGAAGAAGGAAGUUCUUCGUUCUUUGCUUGUUUGCCUUGCUCUUGCUAGCAUGUCCCUUCUUCCAUUGGUUUUAGAGCCUACUUCUUAGGGAUUCCAAAGUAUACUGAAGAGCAGCUGAGAUACCCUGCCUCAUAGACUUAACAGUUGCUCUACCACUGAAAUUUCUGUUGAUAAAUAGCCAUUAUUGGACUAGGUAGACCAUGAUCUGUAAGCAACUCUAAUAAAUCCCCUUUCUAUAUGUGAUAGAUGGAUAGAUAGACACUAACAGUUCUGUUCCUCUAGAGAAUGCUGACUAGUAUAAGUAUGCUGCAAUCAAUAUUAAUGUGCAAAUAUGUCUCCAAUGAAUUGAAAUACUUUUUGUACAUAACGAAGAGUGGUAUAACUGGGUCAUGUGGUAGAUUCAUUUUUAAUCUUUUGAGGAAUCUCCAUUAUGAUCCUGGAGUGUGGUAAUUCUAGUAAGGAACACACAUGGACAUUCUUAAAGCUAAUAGAAUGUCUGUAUUUCUGGCCAGCAAUUGCAUGGAAAUCUUCCACAAAUCAUGUAGCCCUAAGCCUUACUGCUUUUUUUAAAAGCAUAUAAACUAUAUCUUGGUUUAGUUAGCAAGAACAGUUAGCAUGAAGCGGAACUAUAAAGGCCGAAAGCAACGCUAAUAUAUUUAAGAUUUUCCUGGAACCUUUGUUCCCAUUUAGCAGGUGUUGGAGUCUACAUGCUGGAUUCUUUUUUUUUUUUUGGUUUUUCGUACAUGCUGGAUUCUAAGGUUAGCAUGGUGCCUCCAACAUGGCAUCAGUUGUGCUGAGGUUUGGGCCCUAUUACAACUCCUAUAUUUGAUGUAAUGGCUCAUCAGUGACAUAAAGUUUUUCUUCAGUCUAUGUUCUUGACAGGGUUUGCUAUUUCUUGUCCUAAUUAGUGCCAUUCUGACUGGAGUGAAAUGAAUAUAAAUGUAGUCUUAAUUUGCAUUUCCCUGAUGAUUAGUGAGGUUCAACAUUUGUAUGUGAGUGUGUGUGUGUGUUGGCCAGGUGAAUUUCAUCUUUUGUGAACUAUCCUUUAAUUCAUGAGUCUAUUAACUAGGUUGUCUUUUUUUUUUACUUCUUUGCACUCUAGAUAUUAAUCCUCUAUCAGAUGUAAAUGCCCAAAGACUUUCUUCUAUCAUGUGGGCUGCCUCUUCACACUGUGUCUCGUGGCUGGAAGAGGCUUCUUGAGUUCAUGAGGUUCCACUUGCUAAUUGUUGGCAUCAUUUCUUGAAUGACAGAGGUUCUUACCAGUCUUUGUUUGGUUCUGUACUUGUGUUUUCUUUACUUUUCGUCUAACAGUUUCAAGUGUUUCUUUAAAUGCUUGGAGCAUUUGGACUUGAGUUUAAUACAGUGUAAGAGACAGGAAUCUAGUUUCAUUUUUUCUACAAGGGAACAUUCACUUUUCCCAGCUACAACUGUUGAUGCUUCUUUUUUCUGCAAGGUUUGUGCUUUUUUUGUCAAAAAUCAGUUGGAUGUAGUUGUGUGGGUUUAUAUCAUAGUCCUCUACUAAAUCCAUGAAUUUAUGUGCCUACUUUUGUGCCAGUGCUAUGCGGAUUGUUACUGUCUCUGUAAUAUUACUUUAUGUCACGAAUGGUGAUAUCACCACCAUUAAUGUUUUUAAUGUUCAUUAGGGUAUCUGGGGUACUUUGUGUGUGCAUAUGAAUGUUCAGAGUUUUUUACUACACCCAGGAAGAAUGGCAUUUGCAUUUCUAUGGAGAUUACUAUUCAAUUUGCAGACUGACUUGACAUUUUCACAAUAUUAAUUCUUGCCAUCAUAAGUAUAGUAUGGUUUUUAGCCUUCUAGUAUCUAUA